GAAUGGUGAAAGCGAGCGUCGAGACGCUCCGCGUCAGUACCGCCCCGUCCACGCGCCGUGACGCCAGGCUACCCUAUCUAACUGUGUGCUUGCUAUCUCGCUGGGAAGCAGAGGGUUGAUUAUCAGAGAAAGAAGGACCAGCACACCUACUCUCCGUCCAUCCACAGGAAUCGCCAGGAAACUUAGAGCCUAAUUUCGGAUGAACUCAAUGCAGCCGUGCUGCUGCUGUUAUCCAAGGAGCGACAGACUUAUUUUUCCAUGAGUUCCGCAAUAAGUGGCCAAAUUACGCGAAUACAGCGGUAAUUCAGAUGGAAAUAGGAAUUCGUGAAAACGCCUCAAAAUACCAUCGAUUGAAUAAACAGUGCUAUUUAUUCACUCUAAGAGCAACGAGGAUGGAGAUGGGCAGAGAGGGAGAAAUAGAGGAAUAGUGAAACGGAGUUAGAAGGAAGUUAAUGCGGGCCGUGAUUAAAACGGCAUUUCAAGACGGGAUUUCAGUCUCUUCCAUGCCCCAAGUCGCAACCUGGAAUAACAAUUAGAAAGUAAUUGCAAAGCAGCAGGCUGUCUAUGCAAGGUAGAAAAUGGCCGACUACGAGAGGAUUCGCUUGGUUAUUUUGGGUGGCGCUGGUGUUGGUAAAAGUGCGAUUGUUCGACGCCUGCUUGGUCAAGGAUUCACGGAACGGUAUAAGGCCACCGUCGAAGAUCUGUACUCCAGGGAGUGCAUACUCGGUACUCUUACACUCAAGGUCGACCUACUGGAUACUGCUGGAGAUCUUCAAUUUCCGGCAAUGAGGAGGCUUUCGAUUGCGACAGCCCACGCCUUCCUGCUAGUCUACGCUUCGACUUCCCAGCCAAGUUUCGAGUGCGUGAAAAGAUGCUUUGAGGAAGUUCGCGAGCAACGAUCGGACUUCCAGGAAGUGCCGAUUGUGAUUGCCGGCAAUAAGUUGGACCUAGCGCCAACACGACGGGAGGUGCGGAUAGAGGAUGUUAGCGAGUGGCUCUUCUGUGAGUUGCCGAAGCUUCGAGCGAAAGUAAUGGAGUGUUCAGCGAAAGACGACUACAACAUCAAAGAGCUUUUCCGCUGCUUCGUUACGCUUUCUCGUAUCGUGCCCAAAUCUCCCGCCGGUGAGACCACCGAAUCCGGCCUGAGGAGACGGUGCUCUGCCUACGGAUCCCGUAGUUUUGUUCAAAGGUCAGGGUCACCAAGUGGCAGAACUGGAAGUGCGGGAGCCGGUCCUGGAGGUCAGCAGCAGCAGCAGCAGCAACUCUUAGCGGCGCAAGGAUCGACGGUCGUGGCUAUCGCAGAAGAAGUUAGAAGCAAGCCCAGGAGCCGAAGUCUGAUUCGACGGGCCUCAAGGAAGACGAAGCAACAAAUCAGAGACGCCCAUGCUGAUGAUUGUAAUAUAUCAUAAGAGGAUUGUCGGCCGGUGUGAAUCUACGGUGGAAGUGUUACGGAACUGAAAGGAACUACAGGAUCUCGUAUGGACGACAAGUAUACAUAUGGAUUCAGCAACAUAUCCACGAUAGCAAAGAGGGCAGAGGAAAAUUAUACGCGACCGACACGUGACACCGCCCAAUCUACAAACAUUGAUACCUGAAACGCUUCGAAUUUAUGAUUUCAAAACCUGAAUUCUCAAUGUAUACCUAAUCCCGAAUUAACGGGGUACACAAAAUAUCAUCUAAUAAUUAUUAAGUAAAAUACAGGAAUACACACACAGACAGCUACACGCGCGCGCGCGCACACACUAUAAUAUACAUUAUAUACAUGUAUAUAAUGUAUAUAUAAAUAAAAUCAAAGGAAAAGAAUGGAAAUACAGUACAACGGACCAAGAAUAUUGGGAAUCAAGCUACAAAAUUUCGAUCCCGCAAUACUUUUUCACAUUUGUUAUAAUCUCUUUAGCAGCUGUGCUCCUCCAUGUAAAUAUUUUUCUACUUCGAGUAUCGAUUUUCAGAUUUUGGUAGUUAUUUCCAGACAUCGUGGACUCAAAAUUGUUUUUACCAAUUUUUUCCCCACCAAUUUGAAAACCAAAAUAAAAUUCAAAUUGUCUCUAAGACAGAAACUUUAGAUGCAACUGAAAUCAGUGUUACACUGCAAUACAUUGUAUGCAGUGUGUCUCAUCCUGUGAUUACAGAUGCAUCAACGUGAACUUUGAAGGUAAGAAGAAAAUGUUGAAACAAAAAACAAAAAUUCACCAAACAGUCUUAAAAGCUGUGAUUAUAGUUAAUUAAGUUGAAUCUAAUUGAAAACUUCCCGCUUAAGGUUAUAAAAAAGAGAUCUACAAAUCUCAAUUAAAGCAAAUCAAUAAUAUACAUUUUUAAGCAAUUAUAGUGCAGCAUGAUUUCAAUUAAGGUUUUGAAUAUACUUUUCAUCCAAUUUUGAUGCAUUGAGACUCAUUUGGUUCGUGAAUUAUUUUUUCACAAAUGGCGAAUAAACGGAUUGUUCUGAAGUUAUUAUCGGGCAUACUCUGUUUAUUUGAAUAUACGUUCUUUCUGUUAACUUGUUCACAUAAAUUUCAACUCAGUUUUUGUAAUAAACAUUUUUUAAUGACAUUUUUCAACAGACUAUACGCCAUUUACGUGAUUAUCAUGAACCCAAAGUUUAUAAGGAUUACAUAUUUCAAAUAUAAAAUGAGAUAAAUACACAUGUUUAUAUAAGAAAUACAUGUAUGUACUAUGUAUGUAUGUAUACAUUACACACCCAGGCGACUAGUUACAAACGUGAUUACAAAUCGUGUGGCUCAAUAACAUUAUAUUGUAAUGUAUUAUGUAUCAUGAAAAUUUUUAUAAAAUUUUAUUAUCGCUCUACCAUAGCUACAUAUACCUUAUACAAUAUAUAAUGUACACAUUACAUAUAAUGUAUAUUUCACCGUAUAUAUUAUACCAUAUAUACACGGCAAUAACGACCAAUGAUUGUACGACUGGCUCAUGUGACGCAUGCAUUAUCGAUUCGCGCAAAAUAUUGUACAUGACAAGUUUCGAGGGAACGAUCAGAAAAGGUAUUAUAAAUGAAGACAUAAUUUAAAGAAGGUUAAAAAAAAUUUGAAUGAAAACACAAAAUGAAUGGUAAUUAUAUGUAACUGAUCGCUGUGUGUUUUGUACAAAAUACAGGAAUUAAAACGCUUAUAUGUACAUGUCUAUAAGUGUUAAGUAUUAUAGUAUCAGGAUAAUUAAUUAUUGUAUGUGAUCAAUUAUUGUAUACUAUUAAUUAUUGUAUGCUGUAAAAUUAUACCGUUGUAAUUAAGUGUUAAAAUUUAUGUCAAAUCGUGUACUAAUAUAUUGGUU